ACAGAGAUCAGUAUAAAUGGCUUCUUUACUUACUAUUAUUUCAGAACGGUUUCUUGAAGGCACCAUGUUAGGGGUUGUUCUCAUCCUAUUCGUUGGGCAUGCUCUUGCUAUACCAAUAGAUCAGCUUCCAGACUUCGAUGAGGCGUAUCCGGAAGAAAACCCUGGCCUCUUCGAGGGAGAUAUCAUUCUCAUGCCAGGACAAAACCCCAACGACAGAAAUGCGAGAAGAGACAAAAACUACCGAUGGCCAAAUGGCGAAGUUCCUUUCGAAAUUGACACCCAUCAUUUCUCAUCGUCUGAGGAGAGAACCAUACAUACUGCCAUGCAGACAAUUCAUGAGAAGACCAAAGUCAAUGGCAAAGCGUGCAUCACUUUCAAACCCCGCACCCACGAGCAUGCCUACAUACGAUAAGCGGGAGGAUCGGGGUGCCAUACUCCUGUAGGACGUCACAGUGGCUUGGAUGUCGUGACUCUCGGCAGUGGAUGCAUGAAGUUAGGAACCGUCAUGCACGAGACCAUGCACUCCCUGGGGUUCUGGCACGAGCAGAGUCGUCCCGACAGAGA